GGUUUCUAAGACAAACGAUUUUUAGUAAUCACAAGAUGCAAGCAAACGAAAAUACUUUUCUCAUAGACAGGAAUCGCGUCAAUGGAUUAUCCACAAUAUUUGCUGUUGUCUGUAUUUUGGAUGUGUUCGGUGUUUUCCCCGUUAUAACAUUACCAAAAGCUAUAAUGGAUUGUGGUUACUACGGGUUUCUAUUAAUAAUUUCGGUAAGUUCGAUGCAAAUGUAUACGGCAGUUCUACUUGGUAGAUCUUGGUUAAUAGCUGAAGAAUUAUAUCCGAUGAUAAACAAGAAAAAUCGUUAUCCAUAUGCAGCUUUAACGGAAAUCACUUUUGGUAGCAAGUUUGCAAGCUUCGUAACAUUUUUAUUAGAUCUUACCAUAUUUGGAGGAGGAAUUCCUAACCUCAUUGUUGCUUCACAAAAUCUGCAACUAUUCGGCCAACGAGUUAGUAAUGGAUCUAUCGACAUAUCAUAUUGUUUUUGGAUUAUUAUGGUCGGAGCGCUAUUAUGUCCGAUUUUAUGGUUGGGAAGUCCAAAAGAUAUGAAAUGUUUGUGUUCAAUAUCAGUUGGCAUAGUUCUAACGGUGUUUUUCUUAACAUCCGGAUGCAUUUUAUUUAGUCCAAAAUAUAUACCAGAGGAAUCUAAAGUUGUGCAUAAUGAAAAUUUACCGUGGAAGAACAUAUUAAAAGCUUAUGGGAUUCUAGCUUUCCAAUUCGAUAUCCAUCCGUCUAUACUCACUAUUCAAGUUGACAUGAAUGAUAAAUCGCGACUAUCUAAAGCACUUUUAUCAGGAUUUUUGAUAACUUUAUCGAUGUUUGGAAUUACAACGAUAAUGGCUUAUUUGAAAUUAGGACUCCUAGAUCAGCCUAGCAUUUUAGAAAUACUACCGACGACGGUAUUCUUGCAUGCUGUCGCGUUGUUGGUGGCGGUACAAUUAUGUCUUACGUCAGCUGUCAGUAAUUGCGCUUUGUACCAACAGAUGGAGGAUUGUAUGAGUAUAUCGAGAGAAUAACCAUAAAGCGCUGGGCACUCACAGAUAACAUGAUCUGCAGUUUCAUCUUCCUCAUUGCACCAGCGAAUCGCCCGUGGUGGUUUGGAUAUGGUGUCUUGGAUGACUGUGUCAGGUCAGUAGUCAGAUAUCACGUCUAUUCAAUCGGAGGAGUUGUUUGGUAAGAACCGGCGAGCCCGCCUUGCAAGCAGACCGUUGAGACACGCGAUAGCAACACAUUCAGCUACACCAAGAAUAAGUUCUGGGCCCGAUGGUCAGUUUGCCAAUCCCAGUCUGGUAAAUGAGUCUUCUUCAUUGUUGCUUGAGUGAUCCACACAUCCAGGCAUCCACGAGCUUGAUUUUCCAGUAAUCACUCACCAGUUCUUGUAGUACUUCCUUGCACUCCAGCAAUAGCCUUGAGCAAAUCCUUAUGGAUGUUAUGGCUUGUGUGACAGCAGUUCUUAUGAAACUGAGCUUGAACAGCUCUCAGAUAUAAACAGAAGAAAUUAACUAUCUAUUCAUCAUUUUUGUGACUUUAAACGUGAUCAAACUCAGAAAAAUUAUACAUAAUUGUUUUUAUAGAGUAAUUAUGUGAUGUAAUCCAAACCUUUUUCAAUAAAAACUAUAAUGGCCGAAUUCCAAAUCAAUUAUUUUAGAUUUUCGUGGUUAUUUGAUAUUUUUAAUUCUAGAUUUUAAUUCGAAAAGAUGUAUUCUUCGUACUACCAUAUCCAUUUUAGCGAUUGUGAUAGCGGAAUCAGUUCCAAAAUUUGAUUUGGUGAUGUCAAUAAUAGGUGGAACCCUAACAGCACCUUUGGCAUUCAUAUUACCUCCGCUAAUUUUCUUGAAAAUGCAAAUGAUGAAAAAACUUUAUAUAGAACAAUUGGCUUUGGCUUCUUUCACUAAUUUAGUGUAUACAAAAGAUAUGUCACAAUAUGUUGAAAGAAAAUACGAUUCAGAAAUUAUUGUCUCCAGUAAUGAAUCUAAUCAUUGUAAGACUUUCAUUUACAAAUAUUUUGAAAGUUUCUUUUGUGUUUUUAUAAUUGUUUUUAGUACUUUUUUAACUUUGACAACAACUUACUUCAAUUUUCUUAGUGCUAUUUAUUCCUACAGUAAUCUCACUAUGCCUUGUAUUUAUAACGUAUCUAAAGCAUUAAUAUUUAUUUAAGAUACACCCUGUAGUUUGUUUUUCACAAAAUUGCAAUUGACAUGUCCUUUAGUGACACACUGUUUUAAGAUGUUUGAAGGCAAUUUAUAUACGAAAAAUGUUAUAUUUACACUAUAAAUAAAAAGUUUUUUAAAUAAAA